AACUCACUGAUGAAUCACAGAAAUGCGAGAAGGAUUGCGGUGCAGGAACCUGUUUAAAAGUGAAUAAGUCUGAGAGAUGUCUUUGCCCCCCUACCUACGCUUCAAGUGGACUUACGUGUGUUGAUCGAUGUACUGCGAAAACUUUGCCUCUUGGUUUAUGUCCCAAUGAUCAAUGUAUAGCGGAUGCUAAACUGGGAUUCAAAUGCAAGUGUGAAGGGAAGUAUGCUUACAACAAUGAUGAAGUAACAUGUCGAAGGAAACUGAUGUGUUCUGAAGCAGGAGGUAAUAAAGAUUGCGCUGGAAAGAACGCACUCUGUUUCGAAGAUUUCGAUUCUGAAAAUGGUUAUAAAUGCCGAUGUCGAGAAAGUCAGAGAUUUGAUACAAAUGGCCAAUGCGAAGAUAAAUGUAAAGUUGAAUCAUUCAGGCAGAAUUGUAUACUGCGUACGGCUACAUGUGAACUGGGCGAAUGUCAAUGUCCACCUAUGCUAAGUUUUGGAAUAGAUGGUAGAUGCUCUGAAAUCGCUCAAGCAUCUUAUUUAGGAUAUUUGCCCAUAUCGAAGCAAUUUUACGCUGCCCCAUCAACAGAGUUUUCUCAGAAUUCUGAUGAAAAGGAAAUUAUAAACUACAGUUCUCUUCAAAAGGAUGUAAGAGAUGCAAUGGUAACUCUACUCGGGAAAAAUUAUCAGUCCUCUUACAUCUUAAGUUGUGAAAUGAAAACUUUGUCCUAUAAUUGCUUGAUAGAAGUACAGUUAAAUACAGAUCCACUAGACCAAAUCAAUAUCCUAACAGAUCAAUCCUCAUGUGUUGGUGGAACAAAUAACAUAUGCUUAAUGCCUCCUCAUUUAAUUUUGGAUAAGAGUGAAGCCACUGAAAGUAAGGAAAUGCUGCGCUAUUACUGA